AUGUCGAACAGUAAUCGAGAAUACUACCAAUCCGCACUCUACCAGAUUCAUGAUGGUGACUCUGUUCCAGCCCCCAUAGUGCGGCCCGAUGCGGAUACCAUGUACAGAGAGCGUCCGGUACCGAGCGUCCCACCCCCCGCUGCAUUAAAACCAAGGGAGGAAGAGCUUUUUGUCAUUGAUAAAUACGGAGAACGGAAGCCCAAUGCAGAGUUUUUGAAACAGCAUUUCUUGCGGGAAGGUCGACUGACAGAGGCCCAAGCUUUGUUCAUCCUGGUACAAGCAACCGCCCUUCUUUCUUCUGAGGCGAACCUAGUGGCAGUAGAAAGCCCUGUUGUCAUAUGUGGUGAUAUCCAUGGCCAGUACUAUGACCUUAUGAAAUUAUUUGAGAUUGGUGGAAACCUGUACGAAAACUCUUAUCUGUUUCUGGGAGACUACGUCGACCGUGGCUCCUUCGGAAUUGAAUGUCUGCUGUAUCUAUACGCUCUCAAGCUCCAAUUCCCCACUAGAAUAACUCUGUUAAGGGGAAACCACGAAUGUCGCCAUCUCACGGAAUAUUUUACUUUUAAGCGUGAAUGUCUACAUAAAUAUUCUCCAGCUGUAUACGAUGCUUGUAUCCAGUCUUUCUGUGCCUUGCCAGUCGCUGCUCUGGUAGAUAACCGUUUCUUCUGCGUACAUGGUGGAAUCUCCCCAGAGCUGAUGACUCUGCAAGAUCUACGUAACAUUGAUCGCUUCCAAGAGCCGGGUUCAAGUGGAUUGUUAUGCGACUUGCUCUGGUCUGAUCCUGUCGCAAAUUUUGGGCACGAACAAAAACCUUCGUCUUAUGGCCCUCCGAUACCCCCUGGUACGAUGUUUGAACAUAAUGCGACUCGUGGAUGCUCCUAUAAUUACACUUACGAAGCUGCCUGUAAGUUUCUGGAGCGUAACGGUUUACUCGGUAUUAUCCGAGGUCAUGAAGCCAAAGAUGCUGGAUAUACCAUGUACCGCGAGACGCCCACCAAAAAAUUUCCAUCGGUUAUUACUGUAUUUUCUGCACCCAAUUAUCUAGAUGCCUAUCAUAAUCGAGGGGCCAUUAUCAAGUACGCCAACAAAAAUAUCACCAUUCGGCAAUAUAAUUCGAGUUCGCACCCAUAUUGGCUACCCAAUUUCAUGGAUGCGUUCACAUGGAGUUUACCCUUUGUUGGUGCCAAGAUUACGGAGAUGCUUCUUGCGAUCCUCAGCACCUGCAGUCCCGAGGAAUUAGAAGAGUCACAGGUAGAUGAAGAUGAAGAUGAUACCCGAACGCUUGCAGAUCUCGCGUUGACGCCGGGAGAAAUUGCCCAGAGGAGGCAGGAGAUCAAGAACAAGAUUCUCGCUGUUGGGAGGAUGCAGAGGGUAUUCCAGGUGCUGCGAGAGGAAGCUGAGAACUCUUCUGAGCUGAGCGCUUUGGCUGCCGAAGAAGGAGACCUUGGCGCACGAUUGGGCCCGGAGAGACUUUCUGUGCAAGGAACAAACUACAUCCGGAACUUUGAUGACGCGUUCGUUAUUUUUUUUUUCGUGUCAUAUGCUUGCCACACCUCUAACAAUAACACGGCGUUCAUGUUCAUACGCAGUCGUCGAUCGGAUCUUCUCAACGAACGCCUGCCUACGUUCCAGCCUGAAGGCAUGCAGAAUUUCCCCGUUAUUCCAGCGCCGAGUAUGCGGAGACGUGGGAGCGGGGAUAUAGACGGGAUGACCAUGGAGGAGUUGAUUCGCAAGGCGCUUAAUGAGGAAGAUGGAAAAGCUACCGUGGUGGAACGGCUGGCGGAACGAAUUGCGCGGGGACGGAAGGUUGCAGGCAGGCCUUCUACGCUGAAGCGGUUCGAGACUGCUUGA